GACACAGGAGGAAGGGGAGGAAGUCAGGGAGCUGCCUGUGCUGCGCCGUGACAGCCGCGUCAACGGAGAGCACCGCAAAGUGUAUCUACAGAAAAGGCCGUUUUUCGGUUUAGGGUGAGACCCCCAAAAGCGCCACCGGCAUGUCGAAGAACACCGUGUCCGCCCGCUUCAGGCGAGUGGACGUGGACGAGUACGACGAGAACAAAUUUGUGGACGAGGACGACGGGGGAGAAAACCAGCUGGGUCCCGACGAGGUGGAGGUGGACUCCCUCAUCAGGCAAGGAAAUCUCAUGGAGGCUUUACAUGCAGUUCUGAAGAACCCACCAAUCAACACAAAGAACCAGAAUGUCAAGGAGCGCGCCGAGGCUUUGGUGCUGAAAGUGCUCAGCGCCUUUAAGAGCAGUGACAUUGAGAAAGGGGUGCAGUCUCUUGAUAAGAACGGCGUGGACCUGCUGAUGAAAUACAUAUACAAAGGCUUCGAGCGGCCGUCAGAAAACAGCAGUGCCGUCCUCCUGCAGUGGCAUGAAAAGGCUCUGGCAGCUGGGGGAGUGGGCAGCAUCGUCAGGGUACUAACGGCGCGGAAGACGGUCUAAAAGAGGAACGGAGGAUCAGUCCGCUCCACAUCGCUGACAGAUACAGGGGGGGAGCACUUUACUGUACUGUUCAUGUAAUAUAACAGAUGGCAUAGGGGCUAAAAGGAAAAGCAGAUUUUUAACCCAAUGUGAUCCUACCGUGUUCAAGGCUGUACUUAAAAAAAACAAAAAACAAGAACAAAACAAACAUAAAAUGUGGGUCACAUAUGUUUAAAAAUGGGUUUUCUCGUUUGUGCCUAUGCAUGAUCACAGCCUACUAAAUCGUAUUCCUCCCAGGGUGCUACAGAUAACUUCUCACCGCAUUUAUCUGUGCUGCUUCCCUGAUCUGUUUACCCCCCCCUUCUCUCCAUGUCGCUCCUGUACAAUAUGUGCUCAUUCUAUACACCAGUGGUUCCCAACCGAAGAGUUGCAGUGUAAAUCCGAGGGGUCGCAAAACGAUGAACAAGUUAGGAAGACAGACAGAACAAAUUCCUGCUACACAAAAUCAUAUAUAUAUUUUUGGAGGUUUUCCUCGAAUCUUUACUUAUUUGUGAAUUACUGGAUCAUUUUUUUUUUUACCUCCCCAGGCCUCGAAAAUAAUUGAGAUAGAACAAGGAAAAAAAUCUUCUCUUUGUUCGUGCUCAUCCAAACCAGUAGACAAACACGCAUGUAAGAAGGAGUCACAAGUAAGACCCCCUUUGUUUUAAGGGGUCACAAGCCAAAACGGUUGAGAACCACUGGUUUUACACAGCACCUGCACACUCAUAUGAACAAACACGUGUGCUCAAACACGGGCAUGGCUUCUAGCAAUCUGUUCUCCACCGACUUCCACGCAAACACACGGAAGGUUUCAGCUUUGUCUCGCUCAGGAAAGCUCUCUUUCUGUUUGUUUUCCAGCGUUCUCUCGUGUUUUCUCCGCAGUAGAAACUUCCCGAUGGAAACAAAAGCCUGACUUCUCCGUCAGUAAAUCCUCUCGUUGCCUCUCGCUGUAACACUCGAGCAGCGGGAGUCUCCUGAAAAGCACAGUCAGAGAUGGAGGGUGGUGGAUAUGCCGGCGGGGGCUGGCUGGUGUCACCCAUCCAUCCAACCAUCUUUUCACGCAGACUGCUGACCCAGUUAAGGAUUAUUGCCCACGAUGCAUCUCCACCGCCACUCUCAUUAAUCCCACUUUACUGUUUCUCACAUCCUGUUUCCGUCUGACUUUCUGAUGCAGCCUCUGCUACUGUACAGGGCAUUAUGUGGCUCUGCUGGCACUGUUCAUUGGAGCUGCAUUUUUCUGUACUUUCAGGAAAAUGACAUCAACCUGAGAAUACUUUCUAGGAGUUUUUUAUUUUUACUUUGGUAUUUAACAGAAAAGAUAAUCUAGGAUUAUACAUUUUCCUCUUUGUUAUUUGUUUUAUAGUAAUGGUGGUUUUUUUUUUUGCCUCAAAGCCAAACCCCUACUCAAUCAAAAUUAAAGGCUUAGCGGUUUGACAAAAUCGGCAUGCUUGCUUCACAGGAGAGAUGAAGAUGAUAUAAUUUAUGUUUUGGUCUCUUGCAUGGUCCCGAUUUCUUCUUAAGCAUUUCAUACCUGUCUUUUGUACAUGUUUUGUGUCUCUUCUGGACAAAAUCUGUGAUUUUUGUAAUGAAUUUGUUGUAAUUCAUGCUGAUUUUUACAACAGAUCCUCCAUACACAGUAUUGUCUCGCAGUAGAAAUCGUACUGUUACGGCCUCACAUACUUUUAAUACCCAGACAUUUUAUAUAAUUUAGGAGGAAAACUGGAAAGUUUUAUCUGCCUUAUGAGGUGGAUUAUGCCUGUUGCCAAAUGAUUUAUUUUGCUUUCAUGGAAAUAAUGUACUUAACAUUGAUGAUUUAGUUACCCUUGUAUAUUAGAAGAAUUUCUAAAAACAAAGUUGUGGAUUAAUGACCAUGUAAAGUACAUGUGAACGUACAAGCAAAGAGUGUUACAAUUCAAAAAGUUGCUUUUUUUUGAAAAAUAAGCAACCUUAAGUACAUAGUGACGAGGGGAUAAGGGAUAAGGACAUAAUGUUUUGUUUCUCCUCGUUUCCAGUCCAACACUGAGUGAAGGCUACUCAUGGAUUUUCUCAGUGGAUGUUACUUUUUUUUUUUUUACAAAACACAGAGGCAUCGUCAGCAUUGUGUUUCACUCACGAGUUAACGCCAGUUGCUAUUCAGGCAUGGGUUGUCAUGUUUGAAUACUGUCAUCAGUGAUGAUGCGCCCAGACGCGAGAUACCUUUUCAAAUGCAGUAACGGCUCGUUUUACAUGAGAACAAGAGGGAGAUCUUCAUGUCUGCUUCAUGUUUUUCUAGUCACAGAUGCUCCUCUAGCCGAGGGCGGGAAGACGAGGAAACAUACCAAACUGAUGUACAAACUGCCUUACUCGAAUAGUCCUUUUUUAUGUUUGUGCUUUUUUGACAAAAAAAAAUAAAGGUAUGAAUGCUGAUCAUAACUUUGUCGUGACGUUUGAUGGUGCUUUACAUGAACGCGGACUUAGUGGAGUGAAUACAAGUCAGGGCCUGUAUUUAUCGCUCCUUAAACUGCUAAAAGUGAAAUGUUAGAAUAAAGUGAAAGGUAAAAGUGACAAUCCUUCACUUUUACUACUUGCAAACUUUGGAA